AUCGCAGACAGAGGAAUAGUUGCUGUUCCCACUCAACCGUUUGAGAAGAAACCUUUUUGGGAAUGAGGGUUUUGCGAAGCCUUGAAGUCUGGAAACUGGGAGUUGUCAACUAUUUGGAUGCAUUGAAACUGCAGGAAAAACUGGUCUUGGAUAGAAAAUCUCAUAGGAUAUGUGAUACUCUUCUGUCUUUGCAACACCCACCUACAUACACUGUUGGCAAAAGACAAACUGUUCACAAUUUAUUAAUCCCCCAAUCAGAUUUGGAACAAAUUGGAGCUGAACUUCACCACACACAAAGGGGAGGAGAUAUUACAUUUCAUGGUCCACACCAAGCCAUUCUAUACCCUAUCAUAUCACUUCGCGAAAUGGGAAUUGGUGCUAGAAGUUUUGUAGAAAAAAUUGAGUUAACCAUGAUUGAACUUGCUGCCCUUUAUGGUGUAAAAGCUAGUCCUGGACAGUCUGGUGAGACUGGGGUGUGGGUAGGAGAAAGGAAGAUUGGUGCAAUAGGUGUUCGCAUAUCGAAUGGAAUCACUUCCCAUGGGAUGGCUUUUAACAUUGAUCCUGAUUUGAGAUACUUCAGUCAUAUUGUUCCCUGUGGAAUUACUGAUAAAGAAGUGACAUCUUUGAGAAGGGAGACAGAUCUUGUCCUUCCUGGAGAGGAAAUAAUACAGGAGCAGUUAAUUUCAUCUUUUGCUAGAAUAUUUGGUUAUAAUAACCUGGUAUGGAAGGAGGAUGCUUCUAUAUUUUUUGAUAAAAACAAAACUGAAUGAGAUGUAACUGUA